AGCUUUCAUUCAACAAUAAGAUCCAUUGGGAAAUCCAUUUCAAUUACAAUGAUUGGUCGCAUGGGCAAGAUGUUGCCCACCAAUGGCAACUGGAUCCCGGAGUCGUGUCGCUUUCCGCAGGAUGUGCUGACCGACAUGCUGGAAGGACUGUGCCGCGACAUGCCGAACCUAAGCCACAUGGAGUGCCAGGCGCUGGACGCACUGCAAGUCAGAUGCAUGGCGAAGCUGGCCAACCGCCAGCCGGAAUCGAAUCCCCUACCGCCUGUGCCAAAGAAGCCCCGUAGCCGGGCCAAGAAAAUCGCUCCGCAGCAGCAGGAUCUGUACGGCGAGGAGGAGCGCGAGGAGUACUGCAUCUACGAUGUGGACGACAACGAGGUGGUCAGCAAUCGCAUCUACAUUCCGCGACUGCGUGCCACUUGGAAAGUGUCGAGACACUUCGACAUCGUAAUGCCCGCCUUUGCUAUCAAGCAGGGCCUAUUGAAUAAGCACUUUCACUGGGAGAUCCUCAACAAGAUCAUGGAUGCCCCCGACGCUGAGGGCCAAGCCGAGCUCCAGAAGUUUGUGGACGAAGUUGUUACCUUGGAGAAAGUUUGAGCCAUACUAUUUUAAGUUGAAUUUGUUAUAAACAUUAAUAGUAAUAGUAAUAGUAAUAGGCGUACCAACGCCAAUAUAAAUGUUGUUCUACAAUUUAAUUGAUAAGAUUUCUACAAACUACAUGUUAGAGUCCAGCAUUUAUGUAAUGUUUGUAUCAUUCAACCCAAAAAACCAUCGAUUUUCUGUUGUAAGCGUGUAUCAAAAAAUGCCAUUAAGCUAAGCUGCCAAAAACAUUUGUUAACAUUCGAAAAUCUAACCAAUUAAAAUCAAACAUAUAGAGAAGCAAAAGCAUAGCUAAUAAACUAUACGACGGAGACAUGAGUCUCCUGUGGCAAAUCAAAAA